AUGCCAAAUCAUCGGAACAACGAUAACGCUUCAUCCUCGCACUCACACCAUUAUUCCAACAAGACAGGAGGUGGCAGAAAUACAUAUUCCAAAGGAUUUUCCAACAAAAAUAGUGGAUCAUCUUCAUCAUCCUAUAAGAGAAAAUACAAUGAAAAUUCCAAAUAUAGUUACAUUCAUCAUCAUCACGAUGACAAUGCUGAGAAUUAUCAAAAGAAAAGAAAACCAGAAAAGGCUCCUAUAAAAUGUAAUAGCAUUUCUCAGGCUUUUCCUAGAUGCAAUGAUAAAAACAUUGAAUUGAACGACUUAAAAUUUCAUCUCGAAGACUUUAUUCCCGAGGAAGCACAGUAUGACCUGCUGGAUUGGAUCCUGCAAAUUAGAGAUGAAUAUUGCCCAUUAUUAAGCUAUUCCGAAUUGAGUAGGAGUAAAAACACUGUAAUUGACGCCUUUGCUGGUGUUGGCUGUGCUUCUAUUUCAUUUGCUAGAACGAGUGGAUUUGACAAUAUCGUAGCUGUUGAAAGCAGUAUUGAGAGGUUUUCUGCGCUCAAACACAACGUCAUGGAUGAAUUUCAACUUGAAAAAUAUGUAGAAUUUGUCAAUGCACAUUUCUUGACCUGGAUGAAAGAAAAUUAUAGUAAUGUCAAGUACUUUAAAUCUUGCGUGUUCAUUGAUUUGAAUUUGUUUUCAUUGGCUUUACCGACAACAAAUGACAAUUCUGAAAAAGAGUCUAAUUUGGUUGAAGUACUCAAAGCACUACUGGAAGAUCUUUCAUGCCCACUCGUUGUAGUACGAGUAAAAAACGCUGAGGAAGGAAGUGUUCUUGCUGCUCUCGGCCAUGUGAAAACAAGAAAAGUAAUUCAUAACAGGACUCUUCAAGAUGGCUACGAUUAUGUAGCAGUAUUACCACACUCGUGGUUAUAA